UGAACCUCAUUUCAUGGCUCCUCCAACAGAUCAUUCCAAAAGUGAUGUUUGUAACAUUAUGAGACUCAAAUGGAUGUCCUUUGUUUGGCGAAAAGUUGCUGGAUCCAGUGAGAAGAAACUUCCCAGGGAUAUCCCCCCUGGUCACUUAGCUGUUACUGUUGGGGAUGCUGGCAGGAGGUUCAUCAUAAAGGCGGAUUACUUAAACCAACCAGUUUUUCGUCACCUGCUAGAUCAAGUAUAUGAAGAUUAUGGUCCUAAUAAAGAUGGUCCUCUGGUUAUACCUUGUGAUGAGUGUCUCUUCAGAGAUAUUAUUCAUUCGUUGGAUGGUGGGCAGGUCAGAUGUCUGUCAAUUAACCUAGCAUGUUAA